AUGAAGAUAGGGUACGUGCCAAGAGUCCAGGUGGCUGCCGAGCGGAAACAAAAGCGGAAGGUGGAAGAGGACAAAUUGACGGUGAAGCGGCAAGCGAUGGACAAAGCAAAGAUUUCCGAUGCUGUCAAGCGUUACUCGUAUCUGCUUGGGCAGACUGAGCUGUUCAAGCAUUUUGUAGAUAUCAAGAAAGCACGCGACCCCGAGUAUGCCGCCAUGUUGGAUGCUCAACCCAAACCGAAGGGCAGAGGCCGUAAGAAGGCAGUAGACAAUAACGCUCGCCAUCGGAAGUCGGAGAAGGAAGAGGACGAAGAACUGCUCAAGGGUGGGGAGAUAGCUGCCGACGGUGAUGACCAGCCCUUCGUGUUUGAGGAGUCUCCCAGCUAUAUCCACGGACAGAUGAGGCCAUACCAGCUCCAAGGCUUGAACUGGAUGGUCUCUCUGCAUCAUAACGGCUUGAACGGUAUCCUCGCAGACGAGAUGGGUCUGGGCAAGACCUUGCAGACCAUCUCUUUCCUAGGCUAUCUCAAGCACUACCGCGAUAUCCGGGGUCCGCAUCUGGUGGUCGUACCGAAAUCGACCCUACAGAACUGGGCACGCGAGUUCCAGAACUGGACACCCGAUGUGAACACAGUGCUGCUCACGGGUUCGAAAGAAGAGCGUGCGGAGAUCAUCGCGAACCGACUUAUACCGCAAGAUUUCGAUGUGCUCAUCACGUCGUACGAGGUCUGUCUCAUUGAGAAGUCGGCGCUGAAGAAAUUCUCGUUCGAGUACAUUGUUAUCGACGAGGCGCAUCGUAUCAAGAACGUGGACUCAAUUCUGUCGCAAAUCGUCCGCUCCUUCCUGUCGCGGGGGCGUCUCCUCAUCACUGGGACACCGCUGCAGAACAAUAUGAAGGAGCUCUUCGCGUUGCUCAACUUCAUCUGUCCGGAGAUUUUCUCUGACUACGCCGACCUUGAGAGCUUCCUGCACAAGGAUGAGGCAGAGGCAGAAGGCCAUGACGAGAAGAGCAAGAAGGUCGUGGAGGCGCUACACAAGAUCUUGCGGCCAUUCCUGCUGCGACGUGUGAAGAGCGACGUAGAAAAGAGCCUGCUGCCUAAGAAAGAGAUCAACAUCUACGUUGGUCUCACAGAGAUGCAACGCAAGUGGUAUCGCUCCGUUUUGGAGAAGGAUAUAGACGCUGUCAAUGGUCUGACGGGCAAGAAGGAAGGCAAGACACGCUUGAUGAACAUUGUCAUGCAGCUACGCAAAGUCACUUGCCACCCUUAUCUGUUCGACGGGGCAGAGCCUGGGCCACCGUACACUACUGCCGAGCAUCUCGUCGAAAACUCCGGCAAGAUGGUUAUCUUGGAUAAGCUGCUGAACUCGAUGAAGGCCAAGGGCUCACGCGCCCUCAUCUUCAGUCAGAUGAGCAGAAUGCUGGAUAUCUUGGAGGAUUACUGCUUGUUCCGCGGGUACAAGUACUGUCGUAUUGACGGUGGUACCGCACACGACGAUCGCAUUGUGGCUAUCGACGAGUACAACAAGCCAGGGAGCGAGAAGUUCAUUUUUCUUCUCACGACGCGUGCCGGAGGUCUUGGUAUCAACCUGACCACCGCCGAUGUCGUGGUUCUCUACGACAGCGACUGGAACCCUCAGGCUGACCUGCAGGCAAUGGACCGUGCCCAUCGUAUUGGCCAGACUAAACAGGUCUACGUCUUCCGCUUCAUCACUGAAGGCAGUGUUGAGGAGCGUAUGCUUGAGCGUGCGGCACAGAAGCUCCGCUUGGACCAGCUGGUCAUUCAGCAAGGUCGGACACAGGCAACUAAAGCCGCCAACAAGGACGAGCUACUGGAAAUGAUCACUCAUGGUGCCGAGCACAUCGUGAACUCCUCGGACGAUCUCAUGGUCAACGACGACAUCGACGCCAUCAUUCAACGCGGUGAAUCACGGACAACAGAGAUGGCCAGCAAGUACGAGGGCCUCACCUUCGAGGAUCUGAGCAACUUCAAGUCCGAGGCUUCGGUGCAACAGUGGGAGGGUGAAGACUUCCGGGCAGGACAGAGGAAAGCGCUGCAGCUCAACCCUCUAUCACUCUCGAAGCGUGAACGGAAGCUCAACUACUCAGUCGAUAGCUACUUCAAGGAUGCCAUGCGCGCCGGCCCGUCCAAGACAGAGAAGGCACCAAAGAUCCCUCGUGCUCCAAAGCAGAUUCAACUUCAGGACUUCCAGUUCUUCCCGCCCCGAUUGGCUGAGCUUCAAGAGCAGGAGCUGGCGGCGCACAAGAGGGCAAACGACAUCCCCGCUACUCUUCGUGAGCCUGCUGGACCUGAAGAUACCCCUGAGAAGCUGGAGGUAGAGCGGCAAGCGGCCCAAGAGUUCAUCGACAACGCCGAACCUCUGGACGAAGAACAGUUGGCAGAGAAGGAGGAAUUGAUCGCUCGAGGCUUUGAAGACUGGAGUAGGCGUGACUUCCAGCAGUUCAUCCGUGCAUUGGAGACAUACGGAUGGACCGAUGACUACGUAUUGUUGGCAACCGAGAUUCAGGACAAAACGCCUGAUGAUGUCGCUGCGUACUACCCCGUCUUCAGGAAGAAGUGGAAGGAGCUUGCCGAGUACCCACGUAUCAAGGCUCGUAUUGAGGAGGGUGAAGCCAAGCGGAACAAGCGAUCAAACCUGGAGGCUCUUCUCUCAAAGAAGAUCGCGUCCGUGCGCUAUCCCAUGCAGGAGCUGGAGCUCAAUUAUCCCACGACCAAGGGCAAAGUCUAUUCGGAAGAGGAAGACCGAUACCUCCUAUGCCGGCUCAACCACUAUGGUAUGCGGGCAGAUGACGUUUACGAGAGAAUGAAGAAGGACAUCACGGAGUUCCCGGUGUUCCGGUUCGACUGGUUCUUCAAGAGCCGUAGUCCGCAGGAGCUGCAGCGCAGAUGCAAUACGUUGUUGGGCAUGAUCGAGAAGGAGGCGGAAGCGAAGCAGGCCGAGGAGCAGAAGACGAAGAACCUGAAGAGCAAGAAGCGGGGUAUCGAGGAUGUGCAGAAGGCGGACGGCGACACGAGAUCGUCAACGCCUGCUAGUACUGCCACCGCUGCGCCCGCGAAGCGUGCGUACAAGAAGCGGAAGACAUGA